GCGUCCUUUGAGAAGUACACGGAUUUAAUGAACAGUUCGUUGAGGCAUAGACCUGUCUUGGUAGUUGUAGUUUCCGUACUAACACUAUUUCCUUGUAGCUUUCAUGAGGUGGAUUCUGCUCAGCAGAGGGAAGUAGAUAUGAAAAUAGUGCCCAGGAUUGUGUGAAUUUAUGGAAAUAUGUCCAAGAAAAGGGGCAGAAAGCGUAGCAGCGGUGAGCUGAGUGAGAGUUCAGGUUCGUCUCUGUCAUCGACACCGGACCCUAACAACCUGCUGAGCAUGCGGAUUGAGCACAUCUGGAGGGAGAAGGGCAACCUGACCAAGUGGAAAGGCACAGUGCUGGAGCGCCUCACCGUCAACACCUCCCUCUACAUGGUCAAAUACGACGGAUUCGACUGCGUCUAUGGCAUUGAGCUGUUCAAGGAUGAGCGAGUGUCCAACCUCCAGGUUUUAACAGAGAAAGUCGUAAACAACAAGAUCAAGGUGCCCCAUGAUGCGCCAGAGCUGGUGGGGAAGGCUGUGGAGCACCUGUUUGAGAAGGAGGACGGUGAGAAGAACGAGUGGCGGGGCAUGGUGCUGUCUCGCGCCCCCAUCAUGACCAACUGGUACUACAUCACCUAUGAGAAGGACCCUGUGCUCUACAUGUACCAGCUCUGGGACGACUAUAAGGACGGAGACCUCCGCAUCCUCCCUGAAGCAGAGAACAAACACCUACUGCCUGCAGACAGGAAGCCAGGCGAGGAGACCGAGAGCCUUGUGGGUAAGCAGGUGGAGUACGUCACGGAUAAGGGCGUGAAAAGGACGGGGCUGGUUAUCUACCAGGUUCCAGCCAAACCCUCUGUCUACUACAUCAAAUACGACGAUGACUUCCACAUCCACGUCUACGACCUGGUCAAAACCACCUAGAAUACAACUCUACCCGGUCAAAGCCCCCUAGAAACGACUAGGACCCCCUGCCUCCGACCCUCACACCUGUACACUCAUCUUAGGUUGAGGCCUAUUUCAACUCAGUCAAUUCAGGAAGAGAGUUGAAGUUCAGUAUUCACCAAAGUCGAAAUAUUGGGAAACUUAAUUCAUUAUUGGAAUGUCAAUCCAUUUCCUGAAUUGACUGGAUUGAAAUAUAACUCUCUGCAACCAUGACACUACCCUGCCAUUAUUGUGGACAUAUUCCCUGCCCUGUGUCUUGUCCAACGUCAGAAGUUUGCUAAAAGUUUGAACUCUGUGACUCAUAGUGACUAGUGUUUUGUAAACGGUGCAAAGCUUGCAUGUAUUUCCUUUGCUUUUAAGAAACAAGUGAUUAAGCAGUUAUGUUUGAUUUUGUUUGGCUAAGAAUUACUAAUUAUAAAUCACUCUGGAUAAGAGCGUCUGCUAAAUGACUAAAAUAUAAAUGUAAGGAAGUAGAUAUUAUCAAUGAAAAUGACCUAUGUUGAUGUUCAAAUGUGUUGCUAGAAUAAGUGCAAUAAAAAAAUGAUUUAAUAGAAAUUAUAAACAACUGCCAAGAUUUGACUGCACAUGUCUCAGAAUAGCCAAACACCAGCUGAGGUCAAAUUAUUAGACGUACUAGUUUCACGAGUACAGAGAAGUCAUGUUUAUUUGAGCCAGACAUUUAAAUACUAUUGGCUGUUACUGCAAGACAUUUUGGAUUAUAAUCUACCCUUAGUCAUGGUUGAAUAAUCAAAUAUUUCUGUCACGUUAGAACGCUGUGAACGUAACUGUACUUGCUUUUGUAAAUACCUGUAUUGUGAGGCAUUCUUGAAAAUACUGCAAAGAUGCUUUGGUAUGAUUUGCUGUUAAAUAAUGCAUGAUUUAGAGAUUGCAGCAAUUGUUGGUUCAUUAUUGUUUGUUUCAUUAUGGUGGGUAACCACCCCAGUUGGUAAAGCAGCACAAUAUAUACAAAAAGACAGAAGGACAAAUGGUUUCUCCAUCAUUUAAUCCUCCCCCCUCCAACAUUUUAAAUAAACAUUUAAAAUCAAAUCAAAGUUUAUUAGUACAGAGAUUAGCAGAUGUUAAAGCAGGUGCUGCGACAAAACAAAAUAAAAAAUAAACAAGAAAUUAAGAAACGA